CUGUUCCAAUGUAAAGUUCCAUAGCAUGGAUACAAUGUUGCUAACAGACACACGUUCCGGAACUCAGGUUACAUCAUUGUUCGUGACAAGAAGUGUUAAGGUACCAAAAAUCAAAUAUCAGGACCAAUGUCAGCUAUUCAUAACGGGUCGACACGGGCAGAAGAAGAAAAUCUCGGAAUAAUCAAUACAUCGACUUUGACAUUGUAGCAGUGACACUUGUCACCUUACCGUAUGACAAAUCUGAGGGGGCACGUGCCCAUGUGCCUCCUAUGGGUCUGAUACCUCUGAUCUGGAAGAACUCUCACCUUCAUCAGAGCAUUAAAAAUGAACUAUGCCUAAAAGUGGACGGAUCACUUAAUAUGUACAAGACAUCUGAGACACCACCAUGGAGAACAACGAUGACAGGACAGUGUGUGUGACAUCAGUGAAAGGGUUAAAGGACAACUGGCAGAGAUGGUCCAACGAGCACCAGGAGUACCAGAAAGACAACCCCUUCAGUAACGACCGGGGGGCUAUGGUGAUUGCGACUGCCCAGCAGCAGAGGCUCCAGCGGGACCAGGAUGGCUACGGGAGGCCCCUGGAGGGCUCAUUGACAGAGCAGAGGGGCCAGGACGCCCACAUCCACAUUAGCCGGGAGGUGGAGGAGCUCUGCCAGGUGAUCAGGGACAUCGGGGAAAGCUGUGGGGACGGAGGCAGCGAGGAGAGACCUGUGGUGACGGUGGAGUUUGGGAAGCUGUUUGAGCACUAUGUGAACAUCUCCAACAAGGUGGUGGGGAUCCUGCUGAGGGCCAGAAAACAAGGCCUGGUCAGCUUUGAAGGGGAGAUGCUGUGGCAGGGGCAGGAUGACCGGGUCCUCAUCACACUGCUACAGUCACCAGGAUGAGAUGACAGGGUCGUCUCUAUGCUGCUUCAGUGACCAGGUUGAUGCAGCUGACGGACAAGGCGGUAACCAAGGCCCUGUCCAGAAACAUCCCCUAGCCCUUAGGCACUCAUGUACAGUAGUUGUGAAAGGAUUGGCUAGGUCUAAGCAAUAUGAUAAAUUACAUUAGGUAGCAAGGUGCAGCUAGGUAGCAAGGUGCAGCUACAACACCUAUCAAUUCUUUCAGAUUUACACCUGCACCUAGUAGGGGCAGUUGUUUCUGGACAGGCCCCAAGAGAACCAACCUGUGGCAGCAGUGACAUGCAAUAUGGUGCUGUAGGAUGAACCUGAGCCUAUUGGCCUGAAUGGACCUUGCGUUGCAUUCCCAGUUACACCGCUACACUGUAAUCUACAUAGCAUUUACAAUGUUCCUUAGCAACCUUUGUAAUUAGACACAGAGGAAAGGUGCAAUUUUUAGGGCACAAAUACAACACACUGACACUGAAGGCUUAUGUUAGAAAUGCUGGAAGGAGGCUAUGAAACUGCAUACAUGGUUGACAAUGUAGCAAAAUGUACCACCAUUUUAUUUACAUUCAGUAGAAAUAGCACAUCACUUUUUGGGCCACUGGAAUUUGUGGAAUUCACACUGUACUAAAUUCACAUUGUUUAAUUUAACAAGGGUUGUUUGAGGAAUGCUUUUGCAGCUACUUGCACUCAUAACACAAUAUGAUAUAAAAAAUAUAUAAUAUACUCUAACACUUUACUCAUUUGAAAAAUAAUUAUUUUGUCACCAACUAAUAUACUUUAUUCCACACACACACACACACACACACACACACACACACACACACACACACACACACACACACACACACACACACACGUGUUCAUGUUUACAAAUGAAAGCACUGAUGUUUUUCAAUAAAGUCUUCCAACAGAUCACCAAAAAUGACUGUUAAUUCAUGAUAAAUUGCAUUAAAAUGAUAGGUAACACUUUAUACUUUUUAUAAGGCAUUAGAAAAGGGUCAUAAACAUUUAUAUCAAGUCAUAAAGCCUGCAUACUUUACAUGAAGUGUUCCUGAAUGAUGUUUCCCAUUAAUGAGAGACCAGGAAGGAAAUCUAAUACCCUAGUGGAGGCAGCAAUGCAUCAUUUAUUUAACCUAACCAUGAACAACCAUUUACAUCAAUACAUGUUGAGAUUUUUUUACAGCGACACGUCAACCAAUAAAUACAAACACGUGACGCUCUUGUCACGUUCUGACCUUUAUUUCCUUUGUUUUGUAUUUAUUUAGUAUGGUCAGGGCGUGAGUUGGGUGGGCAGUCUAUGUUUGUUUUUCUAGGUUUUGGGUAUUUCUAUGUUUCGGCCUAGUAUGGUUCUCAAUCAGAGGCAGGUGUCAUUAGUUGUCUCUGAUUGAGAAUCAUACUUAGGUAGCCUGGGUUUCACUGUGUGUUUGUGGGUGAUUGUUCAUGUCGCUGUCUUUGCACCAGAUAGGACUGUUUAGGUGUUCCAUGUUUAUUGUUUUGUAGUGUUCAUGUGUACAUUUACGUAUUAAAAGAACCAUGGACACUA